GUGGGUAAUCUCCAACGCAACCGCAAGAGGGAGAUUGCAUCGACUCGAUCUACUUCACGCAAAGGCAAAGGUAAAGCGCGGGCCGAGUCUUCUUUUCAAAGUCGAGAUGAUUUUGAAACGGAUUACCAACGGCGAGAUGAACUACAACACCUAUUGUCCCAAAAUGAUCCACGUUUUGCACAAGAACAACAAUUCCCGACAACCAUCGAUGAAGAGGAGCUCGAGGAUGACGAUGGGGAGGAGGACGCGGGGGCGACGGGACUCCGGAUGAUGAGCAAGAGGACGAGGGCCCUUCAACGACUACAACCCAAAUUGAAAGAGUUUAGCUUGGGAAUUUCCGGCGGAUACGGGAGUCUCAAAAGGCAUCUUCAGUCCGCUCACUUUGUGGAGUAUGCGAAAAUAGACAAAGGAAAGGGGAAGCAAACACAAAUAUCAAGGUUUGCAAAUUCUCAACCCUUUGGUAAUUUUUCCUAUGAUGAUAAAAAACAUUUGACUGGUAUGUCUCAUUUAAUUGUUGAAGAAAAUUUACCCUUUAUUUUUUCCGAAAGUCUUGCUUUAAGAGAUUAUGCUCAAGGUACUUUAAAUCCUCAAUUUAGAAAUUAUAGUCGCAAAACGAUUAAAAAAGAAGUUAUAAGGCAAUAUAACUUGGAAAAAGAAAAAUUACAAAUAUUUUUCGCAAACUUUGAUGGACGUGUUAGUAUUUGUAGCGAUAUAUGGGAGGAUACUUAUCAUCAUUUAUAUUAUUUGGGUCUAACUGCACAUUAUAUUGAUGAUGAUUGGAAUAUGCAUAAACGUGUUCUUGCUUUUCGUGAAUUCAAUGAUCGUCACACUGCUGAUAAUAUUUUUAUUCUCAUUGAACGUAUUUUAAUUGAGUAUAAUUUGAUUGAUAAGGUGUUUGCUGUAGGUUUUGAUAAUGCUAGUAAUAAUACUGCUGCUAUACCUAGAUUACGUGAAUUGUGUGGUGCUUCUACAUUGAUGGCUAGAUUUUUUCAUCAACGUUGUGCAUGUCAUAUUCUAAAUUUGUGUGUACAAGAUGGCUUAGCGGCAUUAGGAAAUGCUUUGGAGGUAGUGAAGGGGGGAAUUAAAUUGAUUUGGGCUAACACUCCACUAAAAAUGCAAUGGCGGCAAUAUUUGAAGGAUAGACGUGUGAAUUAUUGUGCUUUUCCUAAAGAUUUGUCUAUUCGUUGGAAUAGUACUUAUAAUUUAAUUCAAGUACUUGUUAGAUAUAAAGAUCAUUUUCCAGCUUUUUUAAGACAAACUUGUAACUAUAUUAUAAACCCGGCUGACAUCGACACUUGUGAAAAAAUUGUUAAUGUUUUGGCAUAUUUUAAUAACGCAACUCUAACUUUUAGUCAUGUUUAUAAACCUACCGCAAACGAAUUUUUUGUUGAAGCUGUUAAUCUCGCCGGCGCUUUUUGUGAAUUUUCCGACGCCACUUACGUUAGUUAUUUUUGUGAUUUCAUGAAACAAAAGUUUUUAAAAUAUUAUUCACAUAUUCCGCAUAUAUAUGGUAUUGCAUUUGUUCUUGAUCCUCGUUAUAAACUUCCUUACUUGGCAAAUUGUAUAGAUUACUAUUAUGCUUCUUUUUUUCCAACUCAAGAGUUCGAUGAUAAUCCCAUCGACCCUGAACAAGAAUUCAACGAGGUUAGUAAUUUAUUUCAUCAAUUGUAUAAUGAAUUUCAUGCACAAUAUGGUAAUGCACCCCCUCCCAUGCAACGAACAUCUUCUUCAUCUAAAGGAAAACCACUUUUAAAAUCCGCUUUUGGUUCUCUUUUGAAAAAAAGUAGAGCAACUCCCGCUACUGAACAAAGCUCAGGUAACGAGCUUUCUUUGUAUCUAACAUUGAAUGUUGAUUAUGAAGUUGGUGAUGACUUUGACGUUCUUAAGUGGUGGAAGGAAAAUGAAAGAACAUUCCCGAUUUUAUCAAAGAUGGCUAAGCAAGUACUAGCAAUGCCGAUAUCAACCGUUGCCGUGGAACAAGAAUUCAGUGCGGCCGGCAACGUCCUAACCG